CAUCACCAUCUCACUACAACUAUAAUGGGCACCUCCAUUUCCGUUCUGAUUGCCCGUCUUGAGGGUCGAAGUUCUCUGAAAACUCUUGAACCAUGCCUGUUUGCUGAGGAAGGAUAUCCCAUUUAUGGAGACGUUGUUGAAUUCCAUGGUGCAGAAGGAACGGGAAAAACAGAAAUGCUCUAUCAUCUCAUUGCUCGCUGCAUUCUUCCAAAAUCAAGAGGUGGUUUGGAAGUUGGCGUGCUCUUUAUUGAUACGGACUUCCAUUUUGAUAUGCUGCGUUUAUUGACCAUCCUGGAAUACAGGUUGUCAUCUCAAGGCACCGAGGCCACCAUCAAGCAUUUUCUGGAGAGGUUUCUUCUUAUUAACUGCCACAGCAGCUCUCAGCUGCUGCUCAGUCUUUACUCUCUGGAAAGCAUGUUUUCGUUGCACCCUUCCCUUUCCCUCUUGAUUAUAGACAGUAUAUCAGCUUUUUAUUGGAUAGACCGGGCCAACGGAGGAGAUAACCUGAAUCUGCAAGAAGCAAAUCUAAAAAGAUGCGUGUGGGUUCUCCAAAAGCUUGUAAAGGAGCAUCACUUAGUUUUGUUUGCCACUACUCAGUCGCUUAUGCAGAAGUCACUGAACUUUGUGGAAAGCUCAGAAAAAAACGACUGUGAUGCAGGUUCAGACUACCGCCCUUUUCUUUGUAAACCAUGGCAACAGCUUGUCACCCACCGGAUUUUUUUCUCCAAGCAGCCCCAUACGGAUGGCACCCAAGGAUUUUCAAUGACUAGGUGUCACAUUCAGAACGAUAUCAGAGUAAAAAGUUCAUUUUGUGUUACGGAACAAGGGAUCCAGUUUUAAAAGCCAGCCUUUUUUAUUAAAAAAAAGAGAGAGAGAGAAAGAGGCUGCAUUGAUAGUGCAGUCGGGUUAAUUUUAAAGGCACAUGUUCAUUUUUUUUAAACAGUUUUUUUUACAUUUUUGUACUAAUGUUAUCUAAAAUUAAAUUUUAGAAAGCCUGUUGAUCGGCUUUGGGCUAAUAUUCAGGUGUAUAGGGGGGAAUUGAUGAAGCUAAUUUAAAAAAGUUAAGUCUGGAAUUUAAUAAAGGUGGAAAUUUAUUAUUUUCAAGCACAGAAACAGAAGCUGGAUCUGGGUUGAGCGCUGAAGUUGGGCUUGAUUUGUUUCUGUUAGAAAAAAUAUGUUUGUUGAAUGCAUGCAUGGCAUGCAGCCAAAUUUAAUAAGAAGAAUACUAUUUUUUUCUCAACCCACUGAAUAUCAUGCUUUUAUCUGUUUUUUUUCCUGAUUUCCUGCAAAUUGUUCUCACUUAUUUCAAAGGUCUUCAUUCCAUCCAGUGUUGUGAAGUCUUGGGAUCAACCAGGAAAAUAGCUUUGAAAAACUUUAAUUGGCCUUUUCUUCAAAUUGUAGGUUGAAAAGUGGAAAGCCAUGGAUGCAGUGAUAGAACAAGCAAGUUCUUAGAAGGAACUUGAUGUGUCUGAAUCCCCAGUAUUUUUAUUCAGCGUGCCAUAUGUCAAAAGCUCGAGAAAACAAGGUUUGUUCAAAUAAAAAAUAGUCUACAGCUCAGAGCAGUAUCAAAAAUAAUAUUGCAUCUGUAAAAAUACAUGUUAAUUUUAUUGCCCUUUGAUUAUUUCAGUGCUUUGCAACAUAUAUUUUAUUAUUGACAAGUUCAAGAUAUAUGCAAGGCUAAAAAUAAAGUCUUAAACAUUAUAGG